AUGUAUUGCGAAAAAGAGUAAGUUGAAGAUUUGUAUAAGGUUUUGGCUUUACCUAAAGAUGUUGAUGAAGCAGUCUUCCCUAUCCUAAUUAGAAUAUUGAAAAGAUAGUAAAUUUAAGACUGCUUAGAAUUUCUCUCAAAAAAUCUAAAUCUAAGGUAAGUCGAAUAAGAAAUACAAAAGGGAGAAAAUUACAAAAUAUUUGGAAAAGAAUAGAAGCUCAAUGUUGGAAGGAACAACAUUAUUAGAAUAACAGAUGCUCUCAAAAAACUUUUGGAUCAUGAAUUUUCUGAAAAGAAUUACUCAAUAGAUUAAUACGAAGAACUUAAGAAAAAUCUAAUCAUAAAAAUAUCGUGGGAUAAGCAGAUUAUAGAAUUCCUGAAAUUUUUAAUUCAUCUUACUGCCUUGGAUGAGAAAUAUAUUGAGUGUGGAUCAAAUUCUCUUCAUUUAUUAGUUUUAAUGAAAGUUGACUUGAAGGACUCAUGUUUUGAGAAUAUUAGAAUAAGAAAUACCUCAAUAAUAGGAGCAAACUUGGUAAGAUGUGACUUAAGCGGAUCUUAAUUGGAUAAUGUCAUUAUCAGUGGAGUGAAUUUGAAUUAAGCCAAAUUAUUUAAUUGUAAAUGGAGGAUUUUAAGAAUCAAUUAGUUGAAUAAGUUUAAUGGUCAUAGCCAUCGUGUCAAUUAAGUUUGCUUUUCUCCAGAUGGUAAGUCUUUAGCUACUUGUAGUGAUGAUCACUCUAUUCGGGAAUGGGAUGUGUAAACAGGACAAAUAAAGUCAAUAAUCGGAAGAAAGAGGGAGGUAAAAUCAGUAUGCUUCUCGCCUAAGAAUACAACAUUAGCUUUUAGUAGCUAAGAAUUUGUGUAUUUAUGGAAUCUUAAAACAGGAAAAUAAAUUUCUAAAUUAAAUGGUCAUUCAUCAAUUAUUAUUUCUGUCAAUUUCUCUCCUGGUGGUACUACAUUAGCAUCUGGUAGUUCAGAUAACUCUAUCCGUUUAUGGGAUGUUAAGACAGGAUAACAAAAAGCCAAAUUUGAUGGUCAUUCAGGUCAUGUUUAUUCAGUCAAUUUCUCUCCCGAUGGCUCUACAUUAGCAUCUGGUAGUUCAGAUUACUCUAUCCGUGUAUGGGACGUUAAGACAGGAUAAUAAAAAGCCCAAUUAGUUGGUCAUUCAGGUCAUGUUUAUUCAGUCAAUUUCUCUCCUGAUGGUUCUACAUUAUCGUCUGGUAGUUAUGAUAAGUCUAUCCGUUUAUGGGAUAUUAAGACAGGAUAAUAAAAAGCCAAAUUAGAUGGUCAUUCAGGUCAUGUUUAUUCAGUCAAUUUCUCUCCUGAUAGCUCUACACUAGCAUCUGGUAGUUCAGAUAACUCGAUGCAUUUAUGGGAUGUUAAGACAGAAUUAUAAAAAGCCAAAUUAGAUGGUCAUGAAGAUUCAAUUUAUUCAGUUAGUUACUCUCCUGAUGGUACUACAUUAGCAUCUGGUAGUUAUGAUAAGUCUAUCCGCUUAUGGGAUAUUAAGACAGGAUAAUAAAAAGCCAAAUUAGACGGUCAUUUAUCAAUAGUUUCUUCAGUGAAUUUCUCUCCUGAUGGUUCUACAUUAGCAUCUGGUAGCUAUGAUAGGUCUAUCCGAUUAUGGAAUGUGAAAACAGGAGAAUAAAAAGCCUAAUUAGAAGGUAUUUCAAGUGUAAUUCUAUCAGUCAAAUUCUCUCCUGAUGGUUCUACAUUAGUAUCUGGCAGUUAUGAUAAGUCUAUCCGUUUAUGGGAUAUUAAGACAGGAUAAUAAAAAGCCAAGUUAGAUGGUCAUUCAUCACCUAUAAGGUCAGUGAAUUUCUCUCCUGAUGGUACUACAUUAGCAUCUGGUAGUGAUGAUAGGUCUAUCCGAUUAUGGAAUGUUAAGACAGGAUAAUAAAAAUCCAAAUUAGAUGGUCAUUCAUUAGCUGUAAGGUCAGUCAAUUUCUCUCCUGAUGGUACUACAUUAGCAUCUGGUGGUGACGAUAACUUUAUCCGCAUAUGGGAUGUUAAGACAGGAUAAUAAAAAGCCAAAUUAGAUGGUCAUAUGCAUUAUGUUUAUUCAGUUAAUUUCUCCCACGAUGGUACUACACUAACAUCUGGUAGUUCAGAUAACUCUAUUCGUUUAUGGGAUGCUAAGACAGGAUAAUAAAUAGCUAAAUUAGAUGGUCAUUCAGAUUAUGUAAGAUCAGUUAAUUUCUCUCCUGAUGGUACUACACUAGCAUCUGGUAGCGAUGAUAACUCUAUCCGCAUAUGGGAUGUUAACACAGCAAAAGAGAUUUACCCUCAAGAUAAUUGUUACAAAGAACUUCUUUCUUAAAUUAAAUUGCCACUUUCAAGCCAAUCCCUAUUAUAAAAUGGUAUUUGUUAGUAUCCUUCUUUAGCUAAUUUUGAUUGUACAAUACUUAGAAUAUGUCAAAAUCCAAUGUUAGAAGCUUCAAGAGCCUUAAUUUUGAAAGGAGUAUUUGUGAAUUAUUAAGGUUUAUAUCUAAAAUCCUUAUUCAAAUCUAAAGGAAGUUUGAUAUUAGAAAACUUAAAUGAAUUGAAGUGA